AUGGCGUGCAGCCACCAUGACACCGGCUACCACAGCCUGGGAGUCGACGAGGACGAGAAAGAACUGCAUAAUGCGGAGCCUACCUUGACCCCGGAGGCUGUAACCGGAGGAGAGAAUGAGCCUACGCUGUCCGAACCUGAGCUCGGAGAAGCAGCAGCAGCAGCAGCAGCAGCAGCAGACUACUUUAAUGCGGUCGGUUCCAGCCCCUCGGACGAAAACCGUGAGGGCGGCGACGGCGGUCUUGAGCCCCCGCAGCAGCAGGAGGAGGUGGCCCCCCCGGCCGCUGAGGGGCCACAGAUUGUACCGGGAAAGCAGCGCCGCUGCCGUACGGUGUUCACCAGGCUGCAGCGGCGGGAGCUGGAGAAAGUUUUCCUGCGCACUCGUUACCCCGACGUGUUCGAGCGAGAGGCGAUUGCAGGACGCUUGAAUUUGCCUGAAACCAGAGUGCAGGUUUGGUUUCAGAACAGAAGGGCCAAGUGUAGAAGAGAAGAGAGGGCACUGAUGCUCAGAAAUGUGCCCCCCGUUGCCUUGGGCCCCCAUAUGGGGAUAACCUUUGAUGAGCCCUAUCAGGCAGUCCCUGUUUUAGAGCCUCCAUGGGGAUAUGUUCCUGCAGUGCCACAGCCAGUCAUGGCACUUGCACCACCUAUGCUACCCGGGCCACCACCUCUGCCACCCGGCCCACCACCUCUGCCACCCGGCCCACCACCUCUGCCACCCGGCCCACCACCUCUGCCACCCGGGAUGCCUUUGCCACCCCCACCACCUGUGCCUCCCUUUGCUGUGGGCCCUGUAGGUAUGGCAUGGGGCCCUGUCAUCAAUGGUCAUCUCAUGGGUCCCAUUUUCUGA